CGGGCGGAUGACGCCGGGCAAAGCCGUCCGAGAGCCGGCCCAGCCCCGCCGCCGGCCCAGCGCUGCCCGCGCACCCCCCGCGGCCGCGCAGUCGGGUCGGGCGGGCUCCGGCGGCAGGGCAGGAUGGACCUGGCCGUGGACUUGUACCUGGCCGUCCCGCUGCUCUUCACCGUCCUGGCCAUCGUCCUCGCCUCCGUCUUCGUGAGGCUGCGGGGAGGCGGCGGCGAGCGGGCGGCGGAGCGGCCCCGGGAUCCCGCGGCGGAGCCCGCCCGGGAGGACGGACCCGGGGGCGAAGCGGCGGGAGCGGGACCGGGAGAGGGGCCGGAGGACGAGGGGAGCCGAGUGCCGGUGGAGGAGGUCGGGGCGGGCGAGGAGGGGAAGGAGGCGGUCGCCCAGCAGCGGGAGGCGGCGGCGGAGCCGGGCCCCGCGGCCGAGCCCAGCCCCGCGGCGGCCGAGAGCAUCCCCCGGCAGCCGCCGGCAGAGCCCCGGCAGGCUCCCCCAGAGCCCCGGCAGGCUCCCCCGGAGCCCCGGCAGGCACCCCCAGAGCCCCGGCAGGCUCCCCAAGAUCCCCAACAGCCGCCUCCAGAGCCUCGGCAGCCCGACCACCGAGAGGAUGCGGAGAGCAAGAUACCACCAUUGGGUGCCUCACCUGGAUCCAGCCUCGGGCACACAGGACAAGCAGAGGAUGUGUGUGGCCAUGCAACACUUCCCAGCCAUGCAGAGGAGGAAGAGGUGGACUCAGAAAACGAGAAGCUGGUGGUGAGAGAGCCGGAGGAUGAGGAUGCUGCAGAUGGGACGUUCUCUUUUAAAUACAGUCCUGGAAAGCUGAGGGGAAACCAGUACAAGUCAAUGAUGUCCAAAGAGGAACUUGAGGAAGAACAAAGGGUUCAGAGAGAGCAGCUGGCUGCCAUCUUCACACUGAUGAAGGAAAAAAGUGACACGUUUGGAGAGAUGUCUGAAGGAGACAUGAAGGAGCAGCUUAGACUGUACGAUAUAUAACCUUGCAAGCCAGGGGAGGAUGUGCCCAAAAGCUAUUUUGGCCCUUAUUAUGCAGGAUGCUGGAGUCUGUAGUGCUUUAAACGUGUCUCGUUAGUUAUUUUGCAGUUCCAGUUUGUUUUGCAAACACAUACAGGCUGGUGAUAUGUAUUUCAAAGGACUUGUAAUUCCUCACCUUUUUUAUCUCUCUUUUUUUUUUUUUAAAGAGCUCUCACAUUAUUUUCAUCUCGUACAGAGAUUUCUUACCUUUUUCUGGCUGGGUCACAUGUCUCAGUCAUAUAAAGCAGUUAAACUCUUUAAAGCAGUCAUAUAAAACAGUUAAACAACUUUUUUCUGGCCAUGCUUUAUGCAAAUGAACUUUCAAGCCUAGUUUCAGAUAUCAGUUUGAUAUCUGGAGAAAGCCAAAGAUGUUAGAGGUAAAAUGGAUGAAAAUAGUCGAACUACAGAAUACCUGAGGUUGGAAGGGUUCUAAGGAGGUCUGUAGUCCAGCCUCCUGCUCAAAGCAACAUCAGUUAUGAGACCAAGGCGAGUUACUCAGGGGUUUAUCCUGUUGGGUCUUGAAAACCUCCAAAGAUGGAAACUGCACAAACUCUCUUGGCAGAGAGGCUUCCAAUCCUCCAGUUAGAAAGCAAAUAGCCAAAGGCAAGGCAUUAGUGCUCUGAUUAGGGGUGUGUUGCCGUUCUCAUCUCCUGGGAAGGAACCCUUCAUCCUCCUUCACGCUGGCUUUUUGAAACAAAUCCAACAAAUCCAAGCUGGUUCCAUCUGACCUCCUUGAGCUCAUCUUCACGCCCGAGGAAGCAGAAGCAAACUUCAGCCUGGAAACACAAACACCUCUUCUCCUCCUGGCACUGGUAAAAGGAGCACACAGAGGUGGCUGACUUUAAUAAAGGAUGAUUGUGUCCCCCUCAGAUACUGCUCUUCUAACAUAAAAUUGUGUGGGAAACUGCAUACUUAGAAAAUCUCUGUGAAUUUAUCAAGUAUUUUCAAGUCUUGACCAACACUUGGUGGUAUGAAUAGAGUAAAUCAAUGAGCAUUCCUAAUUAUAGCUAAAUGUCUUCUGGUGUACUUAUCUCUCCUAUGAAAUCCUGUUAAAUACUUUCUUAUCAGGAAGGAUUUUCUCAGUUUUAAUAACUGCUGACAAAGGAAGGCAACAUUUUUUGACCCAGUUUUAGGGAAUGAUCUCUUAAAAGAUUAGGUUUGCUUUAUUUUGUGUAAUCCUUUUGAGUCUGAGAAACCUAAUAUCUCAUUAUCUGUUCACUAUCUCCCACUACAGCAUAUUCUAUAAAAACAGACUAUUAGACUUUUAAGAAUUAUUUUAUCGUCUAAUUGUUUCACUUAGGUCAAGGCAUAUUUAUAAUGAGAUGAAGUGGUUUUCCUACCAGUCAUGAUUUAAUCUAAAUUUAAUGUCUGAAAAUUACCUCUUCUUAUCCAACAUGAAUGAAUUAAGUGGGAAAAGCAGUCCCACGAUAUGAAACAUCAUGCUGGCUUGCUGUGUCCCUAGGACAUGAUUUCCUCUGUCAAGCUGUGCAAAGGGAGAAAUGUAGAACGUUUUUAUAUGGGACUUUUCCCUGGUUCAAAACUGAAAGUAGGAUCUUUUCCAAAGCUCUUUUGUGAAAGCAACCAAAGGAGAGUUAAGGUUUAGUUGAUUUUCAGUCUCUGUCUUGUAGACUUUACAGUUUAUUUCCAAAAUAUUUUUGUAUUGCUUAUGUUAUGUUUGUGUCUUCUCUGAAUAGGAACAUUUCUGGGGAUUAAAAAAAAAAAUAAUUCCUCAAACUCCUCAGUUUCACAUUAUGCCAGCAGUGAUAACGCUGCUUAAGGCAGAAUUCAAGGCUGGAAUUCAGCCUGUCCUGCCCAUACCAGUUCUGAGCAGUGUCACCAAAAUGUUUAGAUGCUGUUGAUGACAGGACAGUGGUGAAGCUCUGUUAUUUACUAGCUUGAAUUUAAGAAAGACAUUAAGAGAAAUAAAAAAGCCUCUGCAUAAGACAUGAAACAAAAGGGUUUCUAGAUGUGAAGCCCAUGGGGUUUGUAUGGUACAUUUUCUCUGUGCAUUGGCAAGGCUGUAAUAAAGAGGAGCCUGCUGGA